CAAGCACAAGACACCUAUAUAAUAAAAGCCCACAUUUCCCAAAAAAACCCUAUCAUUUCUACAGAUUCACAAUGGGUCGCAGAUCAAGCUUCGGUGGACGUAGAUCGUAUUCAACUGGAAAAAAAUGGUCUAAGUGGUCAUCUAAGAAGUUGUCUCCUAAGCCUAUUAAAACUGAAGAUGAGAAAGCACCUCCUCCUGAAAAAGUGAACUCUGGAGGCUUUGGGUCAUCAUCCAUUGCUGAUGGUUUUCAUUGGGGGAUUGGAAAUGCGAUGGGACACAGAUUUUUUGAAGCCAUUUUUGGUCCUCGUACCGUUAGACAAGAAAUAGUAUUACCAGCUGAAAAAGUUAAAGAAGUUGCUACUGUUUCUGCCGAAGAUGAUAACGAAAAACUCAAGGUCUAUUCUGAAACAUGUGGCAUCAGCUACAAUGCAUUUCAAGACUGUUUGAAUGUUGAAGGGAAUAAUCUAAGAAAAUGCCACUUCUUCAUGGAUUCGCUGUUCGAGUGCAGGAGGAAUUCGAGUUCCUUCAACUUCUAAGUUCGUCUUUCUUUAUGAGUGUUUUUUUUCGAAUAAAACAUGAACCAAGAAACAACACUCUUAUUUGGUUUAUGAUGUUUGCUAGCUUUUUCUUGGAUGAUUAAUCUCCAAGUCUAUGAAUUAUAUCGUAUGUUUCGGAUUUAAAAUAAAGUC